UUCUUUUCUUGAGAUGAGACGCAUCUCCGGUAGCUCCAAGCUAGCAAUAGUGACAGUAUCUUUUUCUUCACCUUUUAUUUCUCUCUCUAUUUCCCAUUCUCAUAGAUCUGAACAGAACACACAGUUUAACACUGUUCGCGCCCUUUGACCAUUAUUUUUUCCCUCUUCUAUCUCUAUUGGUCGUUCUUCCAGUUACCUCGCACCCUUAAAUCUAGAAACCGGAUCUACCUAAUCGGAUCCUCCAAACCCGGUUUCUUGUGUCUAUACGCGGAUCUAGGAAUAGAGACAUAGCUCAGAGUGAGUCUGUGUAAGAAGAUCGAAGAAUUUUGUUGGUAUUGAAUUCUUGAAGGAUGGCUUCGAGCACGAUCCGUAAAGCGAUUGGUGCGGUGAAGGACCAGACGAGUAUAGGUAUAGCGAAGGUGGCGAGCAAUAUGGCGCCGGAGUUGGAGGUUGCGAUUGUGAAAGCGACGAGCCACGACGAAGAUCCGGCGAGUGAGAAGUAUGUGAGGGAGAUCUUGAACUUGAUGUCUUACUCGCGUGGUUAUGUUCACGCGUCUGUUUCUGCUGUGUCGAAACGUUUGGGGAAGACGCGCGAUUGGAUUGUUGCGCUGAAGGCUCUUAUACUUGUUCACCGUUUGAUGAACGAUGGAACUCCUCUGUUCCAGGAAGAGAUUAUGUAUGCUACCCGUAGAGGAACCAGGCUUCUUAAUAUGUCUGAUUUUAGGGAUGAGGCUCAUUCCAGUUCUUGGGAUCAUUCUGCUUUUGUUAGGACCUAUGCUAUGUAUCUUGAUCAGCGACUUGAGUUGUUGCUAUUUGAUAGAAAAGCUGGUAGUGUUGUUGGUGGUGGUGGUGGGGAUGAUAGAUUUGGUGGAAGAGAAAAUUUUAGAUCGCCGCCAAAUGAAUAUGAGUAUGGAAGUGGGCAGUUUAGAGGGGAAGGUGGGAGUGGGAUGAGGAAGACAAGGUCGUAUGGUGAUAUGAGUGAAGCGGCGGGACAGGAAGAUAGAAGGAUUGUUACUGUUACCCCUUUGAGGGAUAUGAAGCCGGAGAGGAUUUUUGGUAAGAUGGGUCAUUUGCAGAGGCUGUUGGAUCGUUUCUUGGCUUGUAGGCCUACUGGGUUGGCCAAGAAUAGUAGGAUGGUUUUGGUUGCGUUGUAUCCGUUGGUCAGGGAGAGUUUUCAGUUGUAUGCUGAUAUAUGUGAGGUUUUGGCAGUGCUGCUUGACAAAUUCUUUGAUAUGGAGUACCCUGAUUUUGUUAAGGCUUUCGAUGCUUAUGCCAGUGCGGCCAAACAAAUUGAUGAGCUUGUUGCCUUUUAUAAUUGGUGUAAAGAUACUGGUAUUGGGAGAUCCUCAGAGUACCCAGAAAUUCAGAGAAUUACUAGUAAGUUGUUGGAGACGUUGGAGGAGUUUGUGAGGGAUAGGGCCAAGAGGCCAAAAAGUCCAGAGAGGAAAGAGGAAGCUCCCAAGGUGGAAAUACAAGAGGAGGAGCUGGUACCGGAUAUGAACGAAAUCAAAGCACUGCCUGCACCUGAGAAUUAUUCUCCACCUCCCCCGCCAGAGCCGGAGCAGCCUAAGCCACAGCCGCAGUUUACAGAGGACUUGAUGAAUCUGAGAGAAGACGCGGUCACUGCAGAUGACCAGGGUAAUAGAUUUGCUCUAGCACUGUUUGCUGGUGCACCGGCUAAUAAUGCAAAUGGAUCUUGGGAAGCCUUUCCGUCAAAUGGACAGCCAGAAGUAACUUCAGCUUGGCAAACCCCAGCCGCCGAACCUGGAAAAGCUGAUUGGGAAUUGGCAUUGGUUGAGACAGCCAGCAAUUUAUCAAAGCAGAAGGCAGCUUUAGGCGGUGGGCUUGAUCCCUUAUUGUUGAAUGGCAUGUAUGAUCAAGGAAUGGUCAGGCAGCAUGUCAGCACUUCCCAACUUAGUGGAGGGAGUGCAAGCAGUGUGGCGUUGCCGGGACCGGGAAAAACCACAACACCUGUUUUAGCUCUCCCAGCCCCAGAUGGAUCAGUGCAGCCAGUUAAUCAGGAUCCGUUUGCCGCGUCGUUGAACAUUCCACCCCCUUCCUAUGUGCAAAUGGCCGAAAUGGAGAAGAAGCAGCAAUUGCUUGUGCAUGAGCAGCAGCUGUGGCAUCAGUAUGCAAGGGAGGGGAUGCAAGGCCAAUCUAGCUUGACCAAAUUGAAUGGUAAUGGAUACUAUGCUGGAGGUCCUAUACCAAUGAUGCCUUAUGGAAUGCCCCCAGUCAAUGGAAUGGGACCUCCAAACGGGUAUUACCAUAACCCUCUCUGAGGCUCCCUUUCUUUUUUGCCACAUAUGUUUAUUUUUUACUAUGACAUAUUGUUUUCCUUUGUUUUAAAUGAUGUUGUCAUAUUAUUCUUGAGAUCUGCCUUUAGUACCAUGGGGAUGCAAAGGAGACAGUUGGAGGAAACAAUUUCUUGUCGGGUUUUGAUGCUGGGAGAUGUGUAACUCAAUUGUGAUGUCUCUGUGUCUUUUGUAAUAGUAACAUUUUCUUCUUUAUUUUGUACUUCACGUGAUUCAUGCUCCUUAAAAAACAAACAUUUAACUACUGUAAAUUUUAUAAAAUGCUGGUGUUGAUGAUAUUGAUUGGUUAUGCAUA